AUGCAGCACAGCGUGCUGGAGUCGGUCCGGCUGGUGCUUGGUUACGGUUGGGUGUUGCUGCAGUCGUUGGCGCCCUCGCCGUUUGAGCUGCAGAUAUUCCUUCGGCUGGUCGUGGCGGCGAUGGUGGGAAUGUUUAUCGGGACGGAGCGUCGAACAUCUCACCGACCUGCUGGAGUUCGCACCAUGUCUUUGGUCGCUCUGGGCGCCUGUACCUUCACUCUGGUAUCGCAGUUAGGUUUCGUCGGGAAGGCCGACCAGGCACGCGUGGCGGCCAGCGUGGCGUCGGGGGUCGGCUUCAUCGGAGCCGGGGUAAUCACGACAUCAGGAAAGGAGGCCAGCAGCAUGCGAGAGAGCCUGAACACCCGCGGGAGAGGCGGCAGCAACUUUCCCGGGACCACGGUAUCAAUGAAUGACGUCGACGGCGAGGUGAAGGGCCUCACCACCGCCAGCGCCAUCUGGAUUACCGCGGGACUGGGGAUGGCGUGUGGGGCGGGGCUUCUUUUCAUCGCCAUGCUCGGGGCUGGUUUGACGGUCGGCAUCCUCAAGAUCUCCGAAGUGACCACGUCCGUCCAGAAGAAGUGGGCCCGGGUGCGCUCGGUGCUGAGGCCAAAGUUGGCUCAAAAGCUGGCCGACGAGGCGAACACAGAAAUAACCGGUUCGACUCCCGAGCACAACCACGAAGACCACGACGACGACGAGGAGGACGAUGUGGACCACGAGCAAGAAAUGGCGAGUAAGGAGCAGCAGGAGAGGCAAGAGAAGGAGAAGGAGGAAAGGCAGGAGAUCAAUGACAAGACGGAGAAGGAGAAAGAGCACUAUCGCCUGAAGCUGCUCGAGGUGGAACAGGAGAAUGAGAAGCUGAAGGCGCAGAACAAGGUGGACGAGCGCGUGGUGGAGGAGGCCGGCAGCCCGGUUCCGUCCGGCAAGCCCGGCAGGGGGGAGGCGGACUCCGGCGAGCAUCGGGGGCCCUCGCCGGGUAAAGAGUCGCAGGACGUGGAGUACGGGUUCGACCCGUUCUACGGAAAACCGUGGGGCACGGAGGUUCCAAAGGUGCGGCCGGGUGUCGGCGAUGCCUCGGAAACGCCCCCGGUCACCGGCCCGACGCGUCGAAGACCCCUGUCCCGCAGCCGUGUCCUGGCCUCCCGCAAGAAGCGGUGGAAUCAGAACAGGGGCGGCGGACCCGACAUCCGGGUCGACUACACGCCGAACUCGGUGUCGCUGGACGACGCGGGGGAGGCCGUGUCCGCUCCUCUCGCGUCCCUUGGGCGAAGGGCAGCAGAAGACCCGCGUGUGUCGAGGUCCGCUGCAACCGUUGGAGAUAUGGUGAUGAAGGAGAAGGAGAUGGAGAAGCGGCAGCAGACGAAGAAGGCCGGCAGAGACUCUGAGGCCGUGAAGGAGGGGGACAGCAGUGGUGGCGAUUUGGGGGGCUCUAUUGUAACAGACACACGCGGAGGCGGAGGGCUUAAGGUACCUGAAGAGCAUCUGCGUACGGUCGAAAGCGCCGCGGCGGUGAGCCUUUCCUGGGCCAUGGAUGCUGCCGCUGCCAGUGAUGAGAAGGUGGUGCCUGCAGCACAGGGCACGGCGAAGGGACAAGGGGAGACAGAGGCAACGGGAGUAUCCUUGAUGCACGGAUUGGUGGGCGUCUCGGCAAUUGCUGCUGUGGCCGAUGGCGGAAAUGCAGGAAAAGGCGACGCUGCAGACGAGGGGGGAAAACGGCCUCUGGACGAAAUACCCGCGGCCACGACGGACGUUUCAGGGGAAGUCGAGGCAUUUGAGAACGUGGACCAUGGACAGAGUGCCGCGCACGCCAACGAAGACAAGGGCGAGAGCAGUUCGACCGAAGGGGAAAUCGGGAGUCGAAGCGCCGCUGCUGAACCCGAUCUCGAACGUGCUGCGGCAUCAUCAUCGGCGGUAGCUGAUGGCGCUGCAGGUGGCCCGUCUGUGGACGGUUCGACAGAUGAUUCGGGAGCCCCUUGUUUUGAGGAUGAUGUCCCGGCCGAGACGGUUGCUGCUGUGGAGAGUAAAGGCGAGGACCCCGAUCACCUUUUGCCGGUGGUUGAUGAAUCGGAUGCACCUAAAUCUUCAUCGGAGCAACUUGCCAGUAGCCAGGAGGACGUGGCGAAGAAAGCUGCAGCCGAGGAAGGUGUCGCAGAGAGUGCUUCGGAUGGAGAACAAACUACAGGGAACGGAGGCAUGUCGACGGCGGCGGGUGCGGGCGAGGAUACCACAUCGCUCGAGACCGCGGAUGCAAGGGCCGACCCCAGUGCCGACGGUGCAGACGUCGAGAAGGGCGAUGAAGAUGGCAAGAGUGCCCUAGCGAAGGAACACGAGAGCAUCAAAGACGAUGUCGACAUGGCAGACAAGGCUACGAGCGACGCCAGUGUCGGAGGUGGCAGCGGCAGCGGUAACGGUGCUGAGCCAAAGACGGACAUGCGAAAAGAGGUCUCGACACCGCUGCCGGAAUCGACGGCCAAGGCUGAAACCGAUAGCUCAGCCUCCGAUGCUGGUCGUGGUCGUGAUCGGUGGUGGGGCGGUCGCGUCUCGAGCAAUGUCGCCCCGGCGUCGGAGGGAGCCCCCGAUGAUGGUUCGAGGGCCACGCGCAAGGAUUAUACGAGAGGUGGCAAGCCAAAGUGGCGAAAGGGCAGUGGGCGUGGGGACGUGGAUGGGUCUGAAGCGAGGAAGGCGGUGGACCGAGGUGGCGAUUUGGCGAGCUCGGUCACGGUUGAACCACAAGGAGCCGGAGGGCUUGUGGUACCGUCGGCGUCUGAGGAGCCGAUCUCAAAGACCGAAACCGCUGAUGUGGUGGACCUUCCAGCGAUGGUGGAUGACGCCCCUGCCAUUGAUGAGGAGGUGAUGUCCCCAGGGGAGGAGAAGACGGCGGAGAAAGGCGAGACAGAGGCAGCGGGAGGUUCAUCUGUGGACGGUUCGACAGAUGAUUCGGGAGUCCCUGAUGUUGGCGAUGAUGCCCCGGCAGAGACUGCUGUCGCUGUGGGGACUGAGGUCGACAACUCCGAUUCCCGAUUCCCGGCGAUUGAUGAGGCGGAUGCAACUGAUUCUUCAUCGGGGCAAGUUGGGAGUAGCCCGGGAGACAGGGCGAAGGAAGAUGCAGCGAAGGAAGACGUCGCAGGCAGUUCUUCGGACGGAGAAGAAGCCGCAGGUGGAAGCGGCAUAUUAACAUCAGUGGAUUCGUGCACGGAGCCGCUCGAGGCCGCGGAUGCAAGGGUCGACCCCAGUGCCGACGGUACGGGCGUCGAGGAGGGCGAUGAGGACGGCAAGCGUGCCCUAGCGAAGGAACACGAUGUCGACAUGGCAGACAAGGCUACGAGCGACGCCAGUGGUGCAGGUGGCGCCGGUAACGGGGCUGACGCUAAGACGGAUACACAAGGUGAAGUUUCGACACCUCAGCCGAAAUUGACGUCCAAGGCUGAAACCGAUACCUCUGCCGCCGACGCUGGUCGUGGCCAUGAUCGGUGGUGGGGCGGUCGCGUCUCGAGCACUGUCUCCCCGGCGUCGGAGGAAAGCGUUGGUGAGCGAUCGUCGGCAGAGCCUGACGACGGUAGUGCGACCGGGGAACAAGACAGCCAGGUUGAUCUCGCAGCAAAAGAAGCAGAGACAGACGGAGCCCACUCGAGCAGCGUCGGCGGCGGUGUGGACUCGAUCCCUUGGUUCAAACCGGAGAAGGGAGCCCCUGGUGAUGAUUCGAGGGCCACGCGCAAGGAUUAUACGAGAGGUGGCAAGCCAAUGUGGCGAAAGGGCAGUGGGCGUGGGGACGUGGAUGGGUCUGAAGCGAAGAAGGCGGUGGACCGUGGUGGCGAUUUGGCGAGCUCGGUCACGGUUGAACCACAAGGAGCCGGAGGGCUUGUGGUACCGUCGGCGUCUGAGGAGCCGAUCUCCAAGGCCGAAACCGCUACGGUGGUGGACCUUCCAGCGAUGGUGGAUGAUGUCGCUGCCAUUGAUGAGGAGGUGAUGUCCCCAGGGGAGGAGAAGACGGUGGGGAAAGGUUUGAGAGAGGCAGCGGGAGGUUCAUUUGUGGACGGUUCGACAGAUGAUUCGGGAGUCCCUGAUGUUGGCGAUGAUACCCCGGCAGAGACUGCUGUCGCUGUCGAGACUGAGGGCCAGAACUCCGAUUCCCGAUUCCCGGCGAUUGAUGAGGCGGGCGUAACUGAUUCUUCAUCGGGGCAAGUUGGGAGUAGCCCGGGAGACAGGGCGAAGGAAGAUGCAGCGAAGGAAGAUAUCGCAGGCAGUUCUUCGGACGGAGAAGAAGCCGCAGGUGGAAGCGGCACAUCAACGUCAGCGGAUUCGAGCACGGAGUCCAUGUCGCUCGAGGCCGCGGAUGCAAGGGCCGACCCCAGUGCCGACGGUGCAGGCGUCGAGGAGGGCGAUGUGGAUGGAAAGGAUGCCCUAGCGAAAGAAAAGAGCAUCAAAGACGAUAUGCACAUGGCAGGUGAAGACACAAGCGACGGCAGCGCGAGUGGUCGAGGUGACAGCGGCAGCGGUAGCAGUAGUCACAGUCCUGAAGCCACGAAGGAGGAGGAGAACGGUGACGGUUUGGAGAGCUCGGUCACGGUCGACACACAAGGAACCGAAGAGCUUGUCGUACCGUCGGCGUCUGAGGAGCCGGUCGCGGAGGCGGAAAAGGCCACGGUGGCCGUGGAUGCUGCUGCUGCAGUUGAUGUGGAGAUGGCGCCCGCAGGAGAGAAGAAGACGGUGGGGCAUGGCGAGACAGAGGUAGCGGGAGAGGUGUCGACGGACGGAGUGGGGGAUGUCUCGGGAGCUGCCGCAGAAGCGGAAAUUGUUGUCGCUGUAGACAAAGAUGCCGGUGGCCAGUCGCUGAUCGGCCCAAAAGCCGAUCUCGAGGACCUGAUGGCGUCGUCAUCGGGAACGGCUGGUGUUGCAGCACGAGAUUCAUGUGUGUACAGAUCGCCAGAUGAUUCGGCAGCCCCUGGUGUUGACGAUGAGAGGCCGGCGCAGGCUAGCGUCGCUGUAAACACUGGAGGCGAGGACACCGAUCACGCCCUGACGGCGACUGAUCAGACGGAUGUGGAGAUUGGGUCUCCAUCGGAACAAUUUGCGAACGCUGCUACAGCCGAGAACGGCGCCACAGAGAGUGCUUUUGACGGAGAACAAGCUACAGACAGUGGUGGCAUGUCGAAGACAGCGGGUGCGAGUGGGAAGUCCCCGUCGCUCGAGACCGCGGAUGCAAGGGCUAAGCCCGGUGUCGACGAUACAGACGACGACGAGGGCGACGAUGAUGGCAAGAGUGCCCUAGCCAAGGAAGAAGAGAUUAUGCAAGACGAAGUCGGCGUGGCAGACAAGGCCGCAAGCGACAUCGGGGGCGGCGGUGGAGGUGGCAGCUCCAGCGGUAAACGUACCGAGUCAAUAACUGAUACACAAGGGGACGUCUCGACACCGCAGCCGGCAUCGAUGGCCACGGCUGAAACCGACAGCUCCAGCUCCGGCGCAGGGCGUUCAUGUGAGGACGGGUUGAUCAAUGGUUCGGGAGCCCCUGGUGCUGAGGAUGACAGCCUGGCAGAGGCUGUUGUCGCUGAAGGCAGUCCAGCCGAGGACUCCGAUGACGCCUUGACGGCGGGUGAUGAGGCGAAGGUGGAGGUCGGCUCUUCAUCGGGGCAACUGUCGAGUAACCCGAGGGAUACAGCGAAGGACUCGACAGCCGAGGAAGAUGUUGCAGAGAGUUCUUCGGACGAAGAAGAAGGUACAGGCAGCGGUAUCAUGUCGACGGCAUCGGGUGCGGGUGUGGAGACCACGUCGCUCGAGACUGCGGAUGCGAGAUCGCACCACAUGGACGACAGGGCAAAGCCCGAUGCCGACGAUACAGGCGGUGAGGAGGGCAACGAUGAUGACAAGAGUGCCCUGGCCAAGGAAGAAAAGAGCAUUCAAGGCGAUGCCGACGCUGCAGAAGAGGCUACCAUUGGUGGAGAUGACAGCGGCAGCGACAACGGUACGAAACCCAAGACGGACAUGCGAGGUGAGGUCUCGACACCGCAACCGGAAUCGACGGCCAAGGCUGCAACCGGCACGUCCGCCUCCGACGCUGGACGUGGCGGUGGUCGGUGGUGGGGCGGUCGCGUCUCGGACACUGUCGCCCCGGAUUCCGAGGUUAUCGUCGGGGCGCGAGCUUCGGCAGAGCCUGACGAUGGUCGUGCGACUGAGGAGCAGGACAGUCAGGGUGAUUCCGCAGAAGCAGCAGCAGAGACAGACGGAGUCCGUGGCGAUGAGGACUCGUUCCCUUGGUUGAAGCCGGCGAAGGGCGCCCCCGGUGAUGGUUUGAGGACGUCGCGCAAGGAUUACGCUAGAGGUGGCAAGCCAAAGUGGCGAAAGGGCGGUGGGCGUGGGGACGUCGGUGGUUCUGAUACGGAGAAGGCGGAGGAGAGUGGUGGCGGUUCGGAGAGCUCGGUCAGGGCCCGCACGCAAGGAGCCGAAGAGGUGGUACCGUCGGCGUCUGAGGAGCCGCUUCCAAAAGUGGAAAAGGCUACGGUGGCCGUAGAUGGUACUACUGCAGUUGAUGAGGCGGUGGCGUCCCCAGGAGAGGAGAGGACGGUGGGACAAGGCGAGAGAGAGGCAGCGGCAGUAUCAUUGAUGGGAGGAGUGGUGGACCUCUCUGGAGUUGGUGGUUUAGGCGUUGGCGGCGCUGUCUCUGUGGAUGCAGACUCCGAUGGCGUGACUCCAGCCAACCCGGGCGCCAAGUUGGAAGACGAUGAGGGGUCCUCAUCAGCAACUGCUAAUGGUGCUGCAGGAGAUUCAGCUGUGGAAGGGUUGAUGACCGGUUCUGGGGCCCGUGGUGCUGCGGAUGACAGCCUGGCAGAGGCUGUUGGCACUGUAGACCCUCCAGGCAAAGACUCCGAUGAUUCUUUGACGGCGGGUGAUGAGGCGAAUGUGGCGGUCGAUUCUUCAUCGGAGCAACUGCCGAGUAGCCCGGGGGAUACACCGAAGGUAGCGAUAGCCGGGGAACGUGUCGCAGAGAGUUCUUGGGACAAAGAAGAAGCUACAGGCAGCGGUAUCAUGUCGGCGGCAUCGGGUGGGGACGCAGAGACCACGUCACUCGAGCCCGCGGAUGCAAGGGCCAAACCCAGUGCCAACGAUACAGACAGCGAGGAGGGCGACGACGAUCGGCAGCGUGCCCCAGCCAAGGAAGAAGAGAACAUCACGGACGAUGUCGACGCUGCAGACAAGGUUACAAGCGACACCAGCGGUGGAGAUGACAGCGGCAGCGGUAAAGGUGCUGAGUCGAUAGCGGAUACCCAAGGUGACGUGUCGGCACCUCAGCUGGAAUCGACGACCAAGGCUGAAACCGACAGCUCCGCCUCCGAGGCUGGACGUGGCCGUCGUUCGUUGUGGCACGGGUCCGAGGUUGGCGUUGGGGAGCGAGCGUCGGCAGAGUCUGACGGUGGUCGUCCGAUUGAGGAACAGGACGGUCAGGUGGAUCUCGCACCAGGAGCAGCAGAGGCGGAUGAAGCCACUUCGAGCAGUGUCCGGGAUGGUGUGGACUCCGUCCCGUGGUGGAAGACGGCCAAGAGCGCCCUCGGUGAGGGUUGGAGGGCCUCGCGCAAGGAUUUACCAAAAAGCGGCAAGCCAAGGUGGCGAAAGGGCAGUGGCCGUGGGGACGUCGGUGGUUCUGCGUCCACGAACGUCGGUGGUUCUGAAGGGAAGAAGACGGAAGAGACAGAUGGCGGUUUGGAGAGCUCGGUCGCGGCCGACACGCAAGGAGUCGAAGAGCUUGUGGUACCGUCGGCGUCUGAGGAGCCGCUUUCAAAGUUAGAAAAGGAUACCGCCGUGGAUGGAAUUGCUGCAGUUGAUGAGGCGGUGGCGUCCCCAGGAGAGGAGAGGACGGGGGGGCAAGUUGAGACAGAGGAAGCGGGAGUAUCAUUGAUGGGCGGAGCGGUAGAUAUGUCUGGACUUGGUGGUUUGGACGAUGGCGGCGCUAUCUCUGUGGGCCGAAGUUCCGAUGGCGUGACGACGGCCGGCCCAGAAGCCAAUCUCAAAAACGGUGAAGGGCCCUCAUCUGCAACUACCAAUGGCUCUGGAGGAGAAUCUUCUGUGGACGAAAUGAUGAGCGGCUCGGGAGCCCCUGGUGCUGGGGAUAGCGGUCAGGCAGAGGCUGUUGUCCCCGAAGACAGUCCAGCCGAGGACUCCGAUGACGCUUUGACGGCGGGUGAUGAGGCGAAUGUGGAGGUCGGUUCUUCAUCGGAGCAACUUGCCAGUAGCCCGAGGGAUAUAGCGAAGGAAGCGACAGCCGAGGAAGGCGUCGCAGAGAGUUCUUCGGACCAAGACGAAGCUACAGGCAGCGGUAUCACGGCGUCGGGUGCGGGCGUGGAGACCAUGUCCCUCGAGCCCGCGGAUGCAAGGGCCAAGCCUACCGCCGACGAUACAGACAGCGAGGAGGGUGACGAUUAUGGCAAUGGUUCAGAGGAGAGCGUCCAGGACAACGUCAACGCUGCAGACAAGCCUACAAGCGGCAACAGUGGUGGAGGAGGCAGCGGUAGCGACAACGGUGCUGCUGAGUCGAAGGCAGGCCACCGGGGUGAGGUCUCAACACCGCAGCCGGAGUCGAUGGCCAAGGCUGCAACCGACACCUCCGCCUCCGACGCUGGACGUGGCGGUGUUCGGUGGUGGGGCGGUCGCGUUUCGAAUGCUGUCGGCCCGGCGUCCGAGGUUAUCGUCGGGGAGCGAUCGUCUGCAGAGCCUGACGAUGGUCGUACGACGGAGGAGAAGGACAGUCAGGUUGAUUCGGCAGGAGAAGUAGCAGAGAAAGAUGGGGCCGACUCGAGCAGCGUCCGUGACGGUGUGGACUCGUUCCCUUGGGGCAAACCGGUCAAGGGCGCCCCCGAUGAUCGUUCGAGGGCGUCACGCAAGGAAUACGCUAGAAGCAGCAAGCCAACGUGGCGAAAGGGCAGUGGGCGAGGGGACGUCGGUGAUUCCGAAGCGACGAACACGGAGAAGAGUGGUGGCGGUUUGGAGAGCUCGGUCACGGCAGACAGGCAAGAAGCCAAAGGGCUUGCGAUACCGUCGGCAUCUGAGCAGCCGGCCCCAAAGGUGGAAAAGGCCACGGUGGCCGUGGAUGAUAUUGCCGCAGUUGAUGAGACCGUGGCGUCCCCAGGAGAGGAUAGACCGGGGGGGGGAGUGGAGACAGAGGCAGCGGGAGUAUCAUUGAUGGGCGGAGUGGUAGACAUCUCGGGAGUAGGCGGUUUAGGCGAUGUCGGCUCUGCCUCUGUGGACGGAAGUUCCGAUGGGGUGACGCCGGCUGGCCCAGAACCAGAUCUCAAAGGCGAUGAGGGUUCGUCAUCUUCAACUGCUGAUGGUGCUGCAGGAGAAUCAUCUGUGGACGAAAUGAUGAGCGGCUCGGGAGCCCCAGAUGCUGAGGAUGACAGCCUGGCAGAGGCUGUUGCUGCCGAAGACAGUCCAGCCGAGGACUCCGAUGACGCCUUGACGGCGGGCGAUGAGGCGAAUGUGGAGGUCGGUUCUUCAUCGGAGCAACGUGCCAGUAGCCCGAGGGAUACAGCGAAGGAAGCGACAGCCGAGGAACGUGUCGCAGAGAGUUCUUCGGGCAGAGAAGAAGGUACAGGCAGCGGUAUCAUGUCGACGGCAUCGGGUGCGGGUGUGGAGACCACGUCGCUCGAGACCGCGGAUGCGAGGGUCAAGCCUACUGCCGACGACACAAACGGCGAGGAGGGUGACGACGAUGGCAAGGGUUCAGCAGAGAGCAUCCAAGACGAUGUCGACGCUGCAGACAAGCCUACAAGCGCCACCGGUGGUGGAGGUGGUAGCGGAAGCGAUAUCGUUGCUGCUGAGUCGAAGACAGACACGCGAGGUGAAGUCUCAACACCACAGCCGGAAUCGACGGCCAAGGCUGAAACGGACAUCUCCGCCUCCGAGGCUGGACGUGGGCGUGAUCGGUGGUUGGGCGGUCGCGUCUCGAAUGUUGUCGGCCCGGCGUCCGAGGUUAUCGUCGGAGAGCGAUCGUCGGCAAAGCCUGACGAUGGUCGUCCGACUUUGGAACAGGACAGCCAGGUGGAUCCCGCAGAAACAGUAGCAGGGACAGACGGAGCCGACUCGAGCAGCGUCCGUGGCGAUGUGGACUCGUUCCUUUGGUUGACGCCGGCGAAGGGUGCCCCCGAUGAUCGUUCGAGGGUUUCGCGCAAGGAUGUCACUAGAAACGGCAAGCCAAAGUGGCUAAGGGGCAGUGGCCGUGUGGAUGUGGAUGGUUCUGAGGGGACGAAGGCAGAGGAGAGUUAUGGGGGUUUGGAGAGCUCGGUCGCGCCCGACACACUAGGAGCCGAAGGGCUUGUGGUACCGUCGGCGUCUGAGGAGUCGGUCCCGGAGGUGGAAAUGGCCACGGUGGCCGUGGAGGGUACUGCUGCAGUUGACGAAGCAGUGGCAUCCGCAGGAGAGGAGACGGCGGUGGGACAAGACGAGUCAAAGACAGAGGAAGGUUUUUUGAAGGACGGGGUGGUUGAUGUCUCGGGCGUGGCAGAUUUAGGCGACGUCGACGCUGUCUCUGGGGACGGAAUUUCCGAUCGCGUGACGACAGCCGGCCCGGAAGUCGAUCUUGAAGACGCUGAGGCAUCAUCAUCGGCAGUUGCUCAUGUCGCCACGGGAGGUUCGCCCAUUGACGGAUUGGUGGAUGUUUCUCGAGCCCUUGGUGCUGGCGAUGACCGGCCGGCGGAGACUGCUGUCGCUGUGGACAUUCCAGGCCCGGACUCCCAUGACGCUUUGACGGCGGCCGACAAGCCGGAUGGGAAGAUUGGUUCUUCAUCGGGGCAAUUUUCGAGUGGCUCAGGAGAGAGGGCAAAGGAAGCUACAGCCGGAGAUGGUGUUACCACGUCGCUCGAGCCCGCGGAUGCAAGGGCCAAGCCCAGUGCAGACGAUACCGACGGCAAGGAGGGUGACGAGAAUGGAAAGCGUGCCGCAACCAAGGAAGAAGAGAGCAUGCAAGACGAUAUCGGCAUGGCAGACAAGCCUACAAGCGACACCAGCGGUGGAGAUGACAGCGGCAGCGGUAACGGUGCUGGACCCAAGAUGGGCAUGGGAGGUGAGGUCUCAACACCGCAGCCGGAAUAUAGGCCUACAACCGACACCAGCGGUGGAGAUGACAGCGGCAGCGGUAACGGUGCUGAGCCCAAGACGGACAUGGGAGGAGAGGUCUCAACACUGCAGCCGGAAUCGAUGACCAAGGCUGAAUCCGACGCCUCGACCUCCGACGCGGGACGUGGCCGUGGUCGCUGGUGGGGCGGUCGCGUCUUGGACACUGUCGCCCCCGCGUCCGAGGAUAGCGUUGGGGAGCGGGCUUCGGCAAAGCCUAAAGAUGGUCGUGCGACGGAGGAGCAGGACAGCCAGGUGGAUCCCGCAGAACCAGUAGCAGAGACAGAAAAAGUCGACUCGAGCAGCGUCCGCGGCGGUGUGGAAUCGGUCCCUCGGUGGACGCCGGCCAAGGACACCCGCGGUGACGUUCCGAGGACCUCGCGCAAGGACUACACUAGAAGCGGCAAGCCAAAGUGGAACAAGAGCAGUGGGCUUGGAGACGUGGAUGGUCCUGAGGCGAAGAAGACGGAGGAGAGUGAUGGCGAUUUGGAGAGCUCGAUCACGGCCGACACACCAGGAACUGAAGAGCUUGUGGUACCGUCGGCGUCUGAGGAGCCGCUUCCAAAGGCGGCGGUGGUUGUGGAUGAUACCGGUGCUGUUGAUGAGGAGGUGGCGUCCGCAGGAGAGGAGACGGCGUUGGGACAAGACGAGACAGAGACAGCGGAAGGUUCAUUGAUGCACAGAGUGUUAGAUGUCUCGGGAGUAGGCGCUGUAGGCGUCGGCGGCGCCGUCUCUGCGGACACUAACUCCGACGGCGUGACGACGGACCCGGAGGCUGGUCUCGAAGACGAUGAGGAGUCGUCAUCGGCAACUGCUGAUGGUGCAGCGGGGCAUGUAGCUGAGGAUGGAUUAAUAGAUGAUUCGGACGCGCCUCGUGGUGAUGAUGACCGGUCGGCGGAGGGUGUUGCCGCUGCAGACACUGACGGCGGGGACACCCAUGAUCAGGCCGAUGAGGAAGUCGCGUCUUCAUCGGAGCAACUUGUGACUAGCACGGGGGAUACAGCGGAGGCUGAUACAGCCGAGGAAGGUGUCACAGAGAGUGCUUUGGGCGGAGAACCAGCUGAUGGCAGCGAAGAUAUUUCGACGGCAGUUGAUUCGAGCGCGGAGAUCACGUCGCUCGAGACCGCGGAUGCAAGGGCCAAGCCCAGUGCCGAAGAUACAGACGGCGAGGACGGGGGCGAUGGUGUCAAGGGCUCCCUAGCCAAGGAAGAUGAGAGCAUCCAAGAUGAUGUCGACACGGCAGACAAGGUUACGAGCGACACCAGCGAUGCAGGUGUCAGCGGCAGCAAGAACGGUGCUGAACCCAAGGCGGAUAUGGAAGGAGAGGUCUCGACACCGCAGCCGGAAUCGACGGCCAAGGCUGAAGCCGACGGUGGCAGUGGUCGGUGGUGGGGCGGUCGCAUCCCGGACACUGUCGCCCAGGCGUCCGAUGUUGGCGUUGGGGAGCGAUCGUCGGUAGAGCCUGACGAUGGUCGUGCGACGGAGGAGCAGGACAGUCACGUGACUUCAGCAGAAACAGUAGCAGAGGCAGACGGAGCGGACUCGAACAGCCUCCGCGGCGGUGUGGACUCAGUCCCUCGGCGGAAGCCGGCCAACGGUGCCCCCGGUGAUGAUUCGAAGGCGGCGCGCAAGGACUACGCUAGAAGCGGCAAGCCAAAAUGGCCAAAGGGCAGUGGGCGUGGGGACGUGGAUGGUUCUGAAGCGAAGAAGCCGGGGGAGAGUGGUGGCGAUUUGGAGAGCUCGGUCAAGGCCGACAUACAAGGAGCCGGAGAAUUUGUGGUACCGUCGGCGUCUGAGGAGCCGAUCCCAAAGGUCGACGAAAACGCCGGAGACGACGCAUCGCCCACACUCAGUGCCACGACUGCGACGUUGUCUGGAGUUGGUGCUGUAGCCGAUGAUAGCACCGUGGGAGGAGCUGCCGUUGUCUACACAAACUCCGACGGCGCGUCAACAGCAGCUGAUUAUCGGGAAUCGGCCAUGUCUCCUGCAUCGCAGCCGCAGCGGUUGACCAGUAGCCCGGGGACAAAGUCGGAGGAAUCAGCGGACUCAGACAAUGGGUCACAAAGGAGCGGUGGCACGGCAACGGCAGGUGAUGCAAGCACGGCAGCGGGGGAGGGAAAAGGAGAGGACAACGGCGCAAAAGAAACGGUAGAGGACAAGACGUCGGUAGGAGAGGGCGUCGUCCUCAAGCGCGCCGCAGCCGCCGCAGAGACCGCUAGCGUCGGUUUUUCUGAGGGUGGUGCGGCCGACGCGGCGAUCAAAGGUGCCGGUAGCAGCGUGGGACCCAGUGCGGGUAGUUUUUCCCAUGGAACGGCGACGGGACCGGAGAGCGGCGGUGUUGUGACAGGUGGCGCUGAUGGUGCUGCGAAUGGUGCUGCGAUCGUUUCCGACGACGACGCCAAGCGCGCGAGAGUCAAGGCCAAGCUGGGAGUGGCCAAGCUGCAGCAGGGUGAGGCGGAAAAGGCGGUGUCUCUGUUCGAGCAGGCGGCCCUCAUCGACCCAGGGUGGUGGGAAGUUUUCUACUACGCGGCUCUCGAGGAUGCGGAGGUUGCAAAGCUAGCUUCGCUUGCGUCGCAAGUGCUGGCGGCUCUCGAAGACGACGAGCAGCACGGGUCGACGGCGGAAAUCCUCAAGACCGCCAUGGAUUCGUCAGGCCUAAUGUUCGCCGGCACGUCGUUCGUUCGCGGGGAAGGACAGGCGGGGGCAGGGCCCCCGGAAGAACCGAGAAACGAGCGGUCAUUGUCGGGGGAGGAUGCCCCUUAUGGCGGUGCCGUCCUCGAGGAGGAAAAAGUCGACCUCUGCGACAAGAUCUGGGAGGUCAUUCGGGAGGUCACGGCCCCGCUUGAUGCCUCGGCGGCGGUCGACGCGCCAUCUGUUGACGACGCAGAGACCGCUGAACGAACAGAGGACGAGGAGAGAGACGCCACGGAAGUACGGGCGACAUCGGUAGGCGUUGACCCUGACGCAGAUGGUUCCGCUCGGGCCGUUGAAGAAGAGGGCGGUGGCGCGGAGGAUCCCCCGUCCCAGCCGCGAAGGUCGACACGAACAUGGGCCAAGGGAAGCGGCUGGGCGAAGGGCUUGGGCUGGACGAAGAAUGUCCGUGGUGUUGGUGGGGCGCGCGACUCUCGCACUUGA